AUGGACCACAUGGAGGCAAAGAGGGAGCUGCAUUUUGUCCCAUCUGAAAAUCCAUCUGCUGGGAGGUCAAAGAAUGGCUACGUUUUUCAAGAAAUGGAACUCAAGGAUGGGGAGAAAGAAGAAACAAACAUGUAUGACAUCCCCAACACUAUUGCAGACUCCGAAGGGCCCGGAUUUGGACUUUUAAAUACAACCAGAAAAUAUGUGAAGCCAAUGAACUUCCAGGAGGAGGUGCGCGCUCACAGAGACCUGGACAGUUUUUUGGCUCAGGCCAGUAUCAUACUGGACGAGAAGGCGAGUACACUGGAUGAGGUUCUGAGGACGAUGCUGACCAGUCUGGUGGAUGAGGGACACAGCGGCUGCAACGUGGAGGAGAUCAUGAACUCACUGUUCACAGACGCAGGAGGCCAGGACUGCGACGUGCACCUUCUGACAGAGACUAUCCAAGGAGUAACAGCGAGUUCCACUGGGGUUCACUACCAGCAGUCAUGGCUGUGUGUUCUCUCCACAGUGUCGACGCUGCAGAGGCGCCUUGUCUGCAUCACUCGAUUAGACCGGCCUCAGAACUGGGGCGUAAACUGCUGCGAGGCGCGGUAUGUCGUCCUCAUCCUCGCCCCGCCCAAAACGAAAAGCACCAAGACAGCGAUUGAACUGGGCCGAACAUUUGCUACAAUGUUCUCGGACAUUUUCUUCAGACAGAAGCUGCUGGACGCUAAAACAAACGACGAGUUCAAGCAGGAGCUGGUCUUUCAGCGGCAGCAUCUCUCCAUCGUCUCAGAGAAGCCAGUGAUAGAGGAAGUGGUGGACUCGGACCCCCGCAGAGCCAAACACCUUCAGUGCAUAGACUUCUUCAAAUUUGGCAAAGGUGUUUAUGAAGACCUCCGCCGCAGACUCCCACUCUACCCUUCAGACUUCACAGAUGGUCUAACAGGUCACGAUCGAUCACUUCUCAAAUACACCACCACAGCCAUCUUCCUCUACAUCGCCAUUCUUCUUCCAAACAUCGCUUUUGGAUCUUUGAAUGAUGAAAGCACGAGAGGGGAAAUUGAUGUUCAGAAAACGAUAGUGGGCCAGAGCAUAGGUGGAGUUAUAUAUGCGCUGUUCGCUGGAGCGCCGCUCGUCAUCCCGCUCACCACGGCACCACUGGCAAUCUUUAUCAGCGUGAUCCGUGGCAUCUGUGACGACUACCAAAUUGACUUUGACGCCUUCUAUGCCUGCAUUGGCCUUUGGAACAGUCUCUUCCUGAUCCUCGGAGGCCUGUUUAACGUCAGCUUGGUGAUGAAACUCUUCAAACGCUCCACGGAAGAAGUCAUUGCUUUGUUCAUCUCCAUAGCAUUUGUCGGGGACGCGGUGAAAGGCACAGUCAAAAUUUUUGACCACUACUACUACGGACCAACCCUGGCGACCAGCAACAGUUCGGUGGUGCUACAGCAGAUCACUGAGAUCCUGGAGCGGGCCAACAACCACUCAGGAUCCAACAGCAGCGAGCCCGGACCCUCACAUCCCCUCCUCCUGCUGCCCGAGUCUCUGGUUGUGUGCACCAGGGAGAGACCCAUCCUCUGCCUGCUGCUCAUGCUCGGGACGCUGUGGCUGGGAUAUGCCCUCUACCUCAUCAAGAGAAGCCCAUUUCUGAACUCCAAAGUGCGGGAAGUGGUGUCGGACUGUGCCUUACCCAUUUCUGUGGUCAUUUUCUCCUUCAUCGGAUCCUACCUGUUUAUCGACAUACAGCUUCCUCAGUUCAGCGUCCACAAUGGUCCAGUGUUUAACUUCCCGCCGUUUGACAAACUGAGCGGCAUGAACACACUGAGCGCAGUGGGGCUGGGCUUCCUAUUGGCUCUGCUCAUCUUCAUCGACCAAAACAUUGUCAUUUCCCUCACGCAUGUUCCAGAACACAAGCUGUUGAAAGGCACCACAUUCCACUGGGACUUGGUGCUGACCGGCCUCAUCAACAUCCUCAUGUCGUGCCUGGGGUUGCCAUGGAUGCACGCGGCGUUCCCACACUCCUCGCUGCACGCACGUCAGCUCGCCAAAGUGGAGCAGCGCGUUGAGAACGGCCACGUCUAUUCAACUAUAGUGAGUGUGAAGGAAACUCGCCUGACCGCCCUGGUGGCUAACAUCCUGAUCGGCUUCUCGGCCUUCAUGCUGCCGGUGCCUCUGCAGUGGAUCCCCAAGCCGGUGCUCUACGGCCUCUUCCUGUACAUCGCCGCCACGUCGCUGGACGGUAACCAGAUGAUGGACCGCAUGUGUCUGCUGCUGAAGGAGCAGACGUCUUACCCUCCCACACACUACAUCCGGCGUGUGCCUCAGAGGAAGGUGCACAGCUUCACAGCGCUGCAGAUGAUUCAGCUCAUUAUCCUGUGUGCCUUUGGAAUGUACCCGCUGCCCUACAUGAAGAUGGUGUUUCCCCUGCUCAUGAUCCUGCUGGUGCCUGUCAGGACAAGUUUGCUUCCAAAGAUAAUUGAUGCCAAAUAUCUGGAUAUCAUGGACGCCCAGCACAUGUGA